AAGUUCUCGGUAGCCCCGCCUCCGGUCACCUGAGGCCCGACUCAACAUGGCGUCCUCCGUGCGCGCCGGGGAACGGUUGAGGAGGGCUCUGGGCCCCGGAGGGGAGCUGGAGGCGGCGCGCCUGCCCGGAGAGCUGCGGGCGCGGCUGGAGGCGGCCCUGAAGAAGAAGAAGAAGGCUUCCGGGGCCGAGGGCGAAGACCUCAGGCCGUUGGUGCCCUUCCGCCUGCUCCGAGAGCUGCACGAGCACCUCAGGGAGCAGGGCUCCCCUCUCUUUCUUCAUGAGCUCCUGGAGGGCAGCGAGAUCCAUCUCCCCGAGGUGGUGAGACCCCCCAGGAAUCCGGAGCUGGUCGCCCGCCUGGAGCGCAUCAAGGUGCAGCUGGCCAACGAGGAGUACAAGCGCAUCACCCGAAAUGUGUCAGGCCAGGCUUCAAGGAAGAAUGGCACUCUAGCUGACUUUGGACGGCAAGUGAGGUCAGUGAAGGCAGUGGUCAUCACCAUCUUCAAUUUCAUUGUCACUGUGGCAGCAGCUUUUGCCUGCACCUACCUAGGAAGCCAGUACAUCUUCUCAGAAAUGGCAGCGAGGGUGCUGGCUGCAGUGAUUGUCGCCUCCGUGGUGGGUCUGGCUGAGCUCUAUAUCAUGGUCCGGGCCAUGGAAGGAGAACUGGGAGAGCUUUAACAAGGGCUCUGCCCCCACUGAUAUGAAGUGUGUUUUCGGGAGCCGGGGGAGACUUUGCUCUGUCUUCUUUUUUUCCAACUUUACCCCAAGAGGCCACACCUGCCAGCCCAAUUUGAGGACCUCAGCCAUCCAUGUCACUCACCAUGCACAACAUUUGCUCCUCCACACGUGGCCUUGUAUUAAGGGCCAAGGAAGCAGGCCAGGGCUGCCACCGAGCUGCCUCAUCCUUGCCCCAGUCCCCAAAUCGAAUGCUGUCUUAGCUUUUGAUACAAACCCAGCAUCAGAACAUCACAGGGCAACUGUCAUGGCUCACUCCAAGGUGGGACCCAUUUGGACUGAAAAUGGAACAGCGGAGAAUACCAAGGCAGGAAAACCCCUUCAGAUCCAGCCUUUGCCAGGGCCUUGUGCUGAUUUAUCUUCUACCUUUUUAUUGACCCUGAGAUUUCUUCUUGCCCUUCCUCUCAUCCAUCUUUGCUUGUUUGUAUAUAUGUUUCCCUCCCUUCCAUGUCUUUGAGUGUUCUGCCUUCACAGCACCAUGUUCUCUGGCUCUUCUUGUAUUCAGGGGAAAUGGCUUCUAUGAAUCUUCUCUAGCCAAAAAGAACAUUCAGUCAGUUCUGUUAUAAUGCCCAUUUUGAAAAAUGUGAAUUUGUUCCAAUGUGAUUGAUAUAUUCGGGAAUAAUUAGAGCAGAACACAGAUUUUGUGUUUGCAUAUGAGCCAUUUCAUCUAAGAAAAACUUGCCUCUUCACAAUAACUCACCCUUUAAAUCUGGCCUCAGACACUUGACACUUACUAGCCGUGUGUGACCUUGGGCAAGUCAGUUAGCCUUCAUUGCCCCCCCACCAAAAAAAUAAAUAAAUAAAUAAAUUAGCACAACGACUCACCCUUCCAACACUCACUUCCACAAGGAAAUGUCAGGUCUUUUUCAAGGUGAGGUGUCCUCUCUCUUAUGGUGCAGUGCAAGCUACGGGCUGGUCUGUCUCUACCUCUUCCCCAAGGCCCUCCCCUCCAUCCACCGAAACCACCCUCUCCCCAGCAAAAACGACUCUGCCAACCUGGCUCCCAUGAGAAUAGGGUCCCAUAGGAGCAUCAGCCUGAGGCUGCAGACCCCACUGCUAUUUAUUGUAGUACUUAUGUAUUUCUUAACUAUUCAAUGUGUAUAAAACCAUUUUUACUAGGUUCCUACUUUUUUAAUGUCAGUGAUGAAGCUUUUGAGCGUUGUCCUCCUAACUCCAUUUUCCCAUAUGCUCUAGGUUUUAUUGCAAGAUUUUUGCAUUGCAUUGUGAGUUUUAAGCACACGUGUCAAAACAUCUUCCAGUUUUGUGGAUUCUGUGUCCAAAGUAGCCUCUGUGGUGGCUUAGUAUAUGAGAAAAGGUAUAUUUGGGUGUGUACACAGGCUGUUUCUGUAUAUAUGGAGUAUGCAUAAAGUUCUCAGCGAAUUCUUAUUUCACACCCUGUUACCCAGAGGCUCCCAUCAAUAGGAGGACUUUAAACUGUCCUGCUGCCCACAGAAUUCAGCUCCAACAAGAAAUUUUUGUCCUUAAAAGCUGUUUGCAGUUUGUUUUGUCAUGUCCCAAUAGGAUUUAUACAAGCUACACCGUUAAAGUUUAAAUAAAAAACU